GGCAGCGGCGGCCCCUGCUCGGCCCCUCCUGGCCGCCAUGAGCGCCGGGCAGGCCGCGGGGGAGGCGGCGGCGGCCCCGGCGCUGCCCAGGGUGCUUUCGGCGCUGUUCUACGGGACGUGCUCCUUCCUCAUCGUGCUGGUCAACAAGGCGCUGCUCAGCGCCUACAGCUUCCCAUCACCAGUGUUUCUUGGAAUUGGACAGAUGGCAGCCACUAUACUUAUCUUGUAUGUGUCAAAAUUAAAUAAUAUUGUUCACUUCCCUGAUUUUGACAAAAGUAUACCUGUGAAGUUGUUUCCUCUGCCUCUGAUUUAUGUUGGAAACCACAUAAGUGGAUUAUCAAGUACCAGCAAACUCAGUUUGCCGAUGUUUACAGUGCUCAGGAAGUUUACCAUUCCACUUACUUUACUGCUGGAAAUCAUCAUACUUGGGAAACGGUACCCACUGAGUAUUAUAGUCAGCGUGUUUGCCAUCAUUCUUGGGGCUUUCAUAGCAGCUGGGUCUGAUCUGUCUUUCAAUCUGGAGGGCUACAUCUUUGUGUUGCUGAAUGAUAUCUUCACAGCAGCAAAUGGAGUUUACACAAAGCAGAAAAUCGAUCCAAAGGAGCUGGGAAAAUACGGUGUCCUGUUCUAUAAUGCUUGUUUCAUGGUGGUUCCAACAGUUAUUAUUAGCUUUUCCACUGGAGACUUUCAGCAGGCAAUACGUUUCCAGCACUGGACAAAUUUUUUAUUUCUCUUUCAAUUUACUCUUUCCUGCUUUUUGGGGUUUCUCUUGAUGUAUUCUACUGUCCUAUGCAGUCAUUACAAUUCUGCACUCACGACGACAGUAGUUGGUGCCAUCAAGAAUAUAUCCAUCGCUUACAUUGGAAUGUUGAUUGGUGGAGAUUACAUAUUCUCUGUGCUAAACUUUAUAGGCCUAAAUAUUUGCAUGGCAGGAGGACUGAGGUACUCAUUUUUAACACUGAGAGGAAGCAGCCAGCCUGCACGACCUGGGGAUGAAGAGAAUGCACUUCCUGCCUCCAAGAGUUAGCCAAAGUGCCUGCCUUGGAAGGGACUGAAGACACAAGUGUGUUUAGCAUUGCUGAGAACUUAAAUAACCAUAUGAUGGGGCACAUUUGGAACUAGAAAAUCUACCUCGAUUGUCACGGACGUGAUUCAUUGGCUCAGAAAUGUUCUUGCACACCAUGUUUUUUACAUAUAGACUAGUUUAAUUUCAGGGUUUUUUUUUUUACACCACAAGCCAAUUUAUAGGAAGGAAUGCUGUGAGCAAAUCUCAAGCUGUAAAUUUCUGUGUUUACCUGUGUUUGGGUGCUGUUUGCACUCACCAGGAUCUGUGAGUUCUGUUUCAGUGUCUGCCAGUCGUCUCUUGAGGCAAAAUUCACUUUAAAGACGGUGAAGCCCGACUCACCAUUGCCUUAUGCCACGUGCAAUCCUUACUGUCAUUGAAGAGAUCAAAAAUCCUGGUGGUGCAGACUGUUUUCACCUCUGCAUUUGCCUUUGUGUAGGUGAUA